CCCCCUCUCUCUCUGUAUCGGACUCGGAUCUUCCAUCUGGUAAGUCUCCUCACUCUUUAAUUUGGAAUUUUUAAUUCCCCAAAUCUGCAUUUCCUUUUGAUGUAGGUGAUCAAUUUUGGUAUUCUCUUGUGAAACUUUUUUCGGAAGUUUAGGGUUUGAUCUAGAGAAAAUUUUAGGGUUUUCUUUCUUUUAAUUGAAAAAUUAUGGAUGGUAAUAAAGAUGAAGCUUUAAGAUGUGUUCAAAUCGCUGAAAAAGCAAUUGCUUCUGGUAACAAAGAGCGUGCAUUGAAAUUCAUUAAAAUCGCACAACGCCUUAAUCAUAGUUUAUCCGUUGAUCAGCUUUUGGCUGCUUGUGAAAACCUCGAUUCUGGGUCGUCCCCAGUUUCUCCUGUUGAUGAAAAGUGUGUUACUAAUGAGAAUAAAGGUGGUUCGUCGAAGUUUAAUGAGGGUUUUGAUGGGGAGAGGAAAUAUACUGAGGAACAUGUUCAGUUGAUUAGGCAGAUUAAGAGAAACAAAGAUUAUUAUUCGAUUCUUGGUGUGGAAAAGACUUGUUCGGUUGAUGAGAUUAGGAGAGCAUACAAGAAGUUGUCAUUGAAAGUUCAUCCGGAUAAGAAUCCGGCUCCGGGUUCUGAAGAAGUGUUUAAGAAAGUGUGCAAAGCAUUUAAGUGUUUAAGUGAUGAUGAUUCGAGGAGGCAGUAUGAUCAAGUUGGUUUGGUUGAUGAAUUUGAGUACAAUCGGCAGCAUAAUGUGAGACAGAGGAGGAGGAGAAGAUAUGGGCAUGAUUUGUUUGAUGAUGAUGAUUUUGAUCCUGAUGAGAUAUUUAGGUCGUUUUUUGGUCAGGGGGAUAUGUUUAGGGCCUCUCAUGUUUACAGGACUAGAGGAAUGGGUGGUCAUCAGAGGGAGGAGCAUCAUGGAGGUGGACCUAAUUUGUUGAUUCUUCUUCAAAUAUUGCCAUUUUUGUUGAUUUUCUUGCUUGCUUAUCUGCCGAUGUCCGAGCCUGAGUACUCUUUAUUUAGGAAUUACUCCUAUCAGAUUCCUAAGACAACUGAGAAAUAUGGAGUGGAAUUUUAUGUCAAAUCAUCAGCCUUUGAAGUGAAUUUUCCCCAUGGAAGUCCUGCUCGAGCUAAUGUCGAGGACAAUGUGAUUAAGGAUUACAAGCAUAUGUUGUGGCGCUAUUGCCAGAUGGAACGACAGAAGCUUCAUUGGAAUAAGAAUUUGCCAACUCCACACUGUAUUAAACUGCAAAAUCUUGGACAUGCAUGAAGGGUAUAAGAUUAGAUUCUUUGAAAUCAUCAACAAGAUGUUAUAUUGAUGUGCAUGGAACCCACAACAAUUUUGUCAAGUCCAAGGGCAUUCUUUUGCUACCGUUGAUCAUCUGCUAAGAUGGUUCGGGACUGAUUUUCAAUGUAUGCCAAGGACACCUCCAGGCCAUAAUGUUUCUCUUUCGGUAAUGUGAUGAAAUACUACAGUCUGCAGUUUGUACGUGGUAUGAUUAUUGUGCCAUAGAAGGAGUUAGCACAAAUAAAAUAAGUAGAACAAAAAAUGGUCUUCAAGAUUGUUUC